GUUCAGAUUACCACACUAGAGGAACGUGACCAAGGGCAAACUACGUAUGUGGAGCAUUCAACCAAUCCAUACAGAGUAUUGGAAAUGCGUAUGAGCAUGGGCGGAGCUGAAGUGUCAGAGAUCGCAAUUGAAUUGUGUGGCUGCUUGUAUGAGGAGUGCCGUUUAUCUGACAGAUUUUCGAUUGGAUUUUACAGAAAGUUUGGAUCUAUCGUUUCAACUUGAGUGUUUUAGAGUGGAUACACUUGACGCAAGUGAUAUUUUUUUAUAUCAAUUCAAAACGUAAAAGGCUCGUAUAGACGUGUUCUAGCAGAUGUUAAUGUUUACAUAACCUAGUCACCGAGGUUUGCACGGUUUUGUAGGCUACGGCCGUGUUUGCUAGUUGACAUUUAAUAUUUUGGUCCCGUGAAGUGAUACAACUUUGGGUCAGUAAAACAAGUUCUCAAUUUUGUGAUCUGUUGUAUUAAUUAUUGGAAACUAAAGGUGUCUGAUAUUAUAGUCUUUCCAUUCAGAAAAAACACGUUAUACAACAGGGAAGCGCAGACUAAGUAUUAAGCGCGGUCCUAAAGCCGGUCAAAUUAUCGCCUAAACAGUGCGUGUAGCCUACUCUUGGCCAAAUGGUUCAGUUUCGGUCAUUGUCAAGAUUCUUUGACAUAAUGGAAAACGUUUUAUUGGAGCAAGGUUAAUUCACAAAGAAUAUUUACAACAAAGCAUAUAGUAAGUCUUAUCAAGUCGGUUAGUUAGUUUGACACAAGCCUUCCAUCAGUAAGGGAAUUUAGCAGUGGGUCUUAGCCGCGUCAGAGAGUAAUUUGAGGUCGACGGAGACAUUUAAAGCAUUACAUCCUAAGGGACUGGUCCAGUGGAGUAAUGGUCGUAAAUACGAUCCAUUGGUUCAGGAAGGGCUUGCGGCUCCACGACAAUCCUUCGCUCAGGGAAUCCAUUCAAGGAGCAGACUCAGUCCGCUGUGUGUACAUCCUCGAUCCGUGGUUUGCGGGAUCAUCCAACGUUGGAAUCAGCAGGUGGAGGUUCUUGCUUCAGUGUCUUGAGGACUUGGACGCCAGCCUGCGCAAACUCAACUCUCGGUUGUUUGUGAUCCGGGGCCAGCCCACAGAUGUCUUCCCCAGACUCUUUAAGGAGUGGAACAUCUCUCGCCUGUCCUACGAGUACGACUCUGAGCCGUUCGGGAAGGAGCGUGAUGCUGCCAUCAAGAAGCUGGCCAGUGAGGCCAGCGUGGAGGUGAUCGUGAGAAUAUCCCACACGCUCUAUGACCUGGACAAGAUCAUAGAGCUCAAUGGCGGCCAGUCCCCGCUGACCUACAAGCGCUUCCAGACUCUGAUCAGCCGCAUGGAGCCGGUGGAGAUGCCGGCAGAGGUCAUCACCGCUGACGUCAUGGGGGCCUGCACCACGCCCAUUUCAGAUGACCACGACGACAAGUUUGGGGUUCCCUCUCUGGAGGAGCUGGGCUUUGACACAGAGGGUCUCUCGUCAGCCGUGUGGCCAGGGGGCGAAACGGAAGCUCUCACUCGUCUGGAGAGACACUUGGAGAGAAAGGCGUGGGUGGCUAACUUUGAGCGGCCCCGGAUGAAUGCCAACUCCCUGCUGGCCAGCCCCACAGGCCUCAGCCCGUACCUGCGCUUCGGGUGCCUCUCCUGCCGCCUGUUCUACUUUAAACUCACUGACCUGUUUCGGAAGGUGAAGAAGAAUAGUUCCCCGCCACUCUCGCUCUACGGCCAGCUCCUGUGGCGUGAGUUCUUCUACACGACGGCCACCAACAAUCCGCGCUUUGACAAGAUGGAGGGCAACCCCAUUUGCGUGCAGAUCCCAUGGGAUCGCAACGCCGAAGCGCUGGCCAAGUGGGCCGAGGGCCGGACGGGCUUCCCCUGGAUCGACGCCAUCAUGACCCAGCUGCGGCAGGAGGGCUGGAUCCAUCACCUGGCCCGGCACGCCGUGGCCUGCUUCCUCACCAGAGGGGACCUGUGGAUCAGCUGGGAGGAGGGCAUGAAGGUGUUUGAGGAGCUGCUGCUGGACGCUGACUGGAGUGUGAACGCCGGCAGCUGGAUGUGGCUCUCCUGCAGCUCCUUCUUCCAGCAGUUCUUCCACUGCUACUGCCCCGUGGGCUUCGGCCGCCGCACCGACCCCAACGGAGACUAUAUCAGGCGUUAUCUGCCCAUCCUGAGAGGGUUUCCAGCCAAGUACAUCUACGACCCCUGGAACGCCCCAGAGACUGUGCAGAAGGCGGCCAAGUGCAUCAUCGGGGUUCACUACCCCAAGCCCAUGGUCAACCACGCCGAGGCCAGCCGACUCAACAUCGAACGCAUGAAGCAGAUCUACCAGCAGCUCUCCUGCUACAGAGGCUUGGGCUUGCUGGCCACGGUGCCGUCCAACGCCAACGGUAACGGCGAGGCCUCCAGCGGCAUGAUGGGAUUCUCCAGUGCAGAGAAUACACAGGAAACGGGCGCCACCACCUCUUCGGGGUACCAGAUGCCCAUGGCGUCCCAGGGAGAGUGGCACAGUGGGGUGCUGGCAUACCCACAGGCAGACCCCAAAACUGCCAACACUCAGCGACCAGGUAACCUGGGCAACGGCAGCAGUAUGGUGUGUUACAGGCAGGAGGCCCAGCUGAUGGCAGGACCCUCAGCGCAUCAAGGCCGAGGGCUCCACACGGCCAGUGUCCUUACGUCUGGGAAGCGUCACAGCGAGGACUGCUCUCCCAUCACAGGCUCGAAAGUGCAGCGGCAAAGCAUCACUUAGUCAGAAUUGGGAUGGUGUCAAGACCGCAACAGACACACAAAAAAAAACGAACACGCAACCAAAACCAUAUUAUAAUUCAUGACAGGAAAACCCGGAGACCGAAAAAGCUGUCGUCACCUUCUCGGUUACAUGACCGUAAACAGGAAGGAAGAAGACAAAAGCAUCAACAACAACAACAACACUGAUUCGACCAAGCUCAUAUUUGUUUGUUUGUUUAUUUGUUUUCGCUCUAAGCACAUCCACAUCCAAAAGUCUAGAACUGUAAUAUAAUUACUAGGACUACACCCAAGCUGGUGGAAGCGUUUUUACAACCCUGCAGCAAAAAAGACUUGACUGCCCUGUGGCCCCUCCAGCCACUGCACACCUGAACUGUACGCCUGAGCACUCGGACGGCUUGGGCUGAAGACCUUUAUGUAUAUAAGGAUUUGAUGAGUUCAACUCGCAUACAACCUGUACAUAUUUGAUAUUGUAUGUGUUCUCUCUCUCUCUUUUUUCGUGUAGUCAUAGACUCAUUGAUAUAUUUUUGAUAUAAAGAAUUAUUGUGAAAUUGACUUUACUCUGCUUUUAUGGAAAGUAAAAUAAAAGUAAAAAAAAAAAAAAAAAACUUUGACUCCCCACCCCCAGAGGUCACCAAUGGCCUGGGUCUCGCUGGCACUUUUGCUUCCUGCUGUUCAACCCAAUGACACUUUUCACUCUCGUGUUUCCUUCUCUGCCCCCCCCCCCUUUUUUUUUUUUUUGCUGUCUUUUUGUCUCCAUUUCCAAACAUUUCCUUCUUCACUUUCUGUGGUUAUUCUGCAGCAGAUCACCUCAGAAUGUUCCGGUAAUCCCCUCCCCUCCUGUGAUUAUCUGUGUUGUACUAUUUCAGUGUAACACAUCACUUUGUGCUUCUUCUGCCCUUAUGUUGUUUUUGUUUAACAAAUAAAAUGAUAAAUGUGAA